AUGACGAUUACCUUCUGUACCAACAGUCGAUGCAGUGUUUGUGGUUGUGCGAUUCGAUUCAUGUGGAGGCGGCAGAAUGCUGGGCAGCGGCAGGGAGUGAAGACGGAUGCGGCGUCGGCCCUGGCCAGGAAGCGAGGCGGCGGCAGGCUGCUGGUCAUGUGGGGAGCGAGACCUGAUGCGGCGUCAGCACCCUGGCCAGGAAGCAAGGCGGCGGCUGGUGGGGCAUGUGGUGGCGUGCUGGUGACGCGCGCAAGCUCGUGGUCUCGCAAGGGUAGUAACUGUGAUGCGCAUGCAUGGCGUCGGCGUCCUGGCUGGGGAGCGAGGCGGCGGCUAACCCGUGCGCGCGGUGGCGGCGGGCUAUUGGCUGGCGCGGUGGGAGGGCUGGAGGAAUUUGGUGGGGAGCCAGCCGAGGAAUGGGGAAUUAGGAAUGGGGAAAAUUUUGGCGGCCGGUGCGAGUCUUCUGUUUCGUUCCGUGCUUCCAUGGCUCCCAACCUCAGCUCCGACGUCCACACAGCGUCGAACGACACCAUUCAGUUCCCCUCCAAGCCCACGACGGCCGCCGUCGACGACAUCGAGGCAGCAGCCCACGGAUCGGCUGACCGCGUCGACUAUUUGGCUCGCGCGCAGUGGCUCCGCGCCGCCGUCCUUGGCGCCAACGAUGGGCUCGUCUCCGUGGCCUCCCUCAUGAUCGGCGUGGGCGCCGUCAACGACACCGCGCGGGCGAUGCUCGUGUCGGGCCUCUCGGGGCUCGUGGCCGGCGCAUGUAGCAUGGCCAUCGGAGAGUUCGUGUCCGUGCACGCGCAGUACGACAUCCAGGUGGCCCACGCCGAGCAAAGCCGGGGCAGCGACGUCAGCGGCGGCAGCGAGGAGAGCCUGCCGAGCCCGACGCAGGCGGCGGGCGCGUCGGCGCUGGCGUUCGCGGCGGGCGCCGCGCUGCCGCUCCUGUCCGGCGGGUUCGUGCGGCCGUGGGCGGCCCGGGUCGCAGCGGUGUGCGCGGCGAGCAGCCUCGGCCUGGCGGGCUUCGGUGCUGCGGGCGCGUACCUGGGCGGCGCGAACGUGGUCCGGUCCGCUGCCCGCGUGCUCGUGGGAGGGUGGCUCGCCAUGGCGGUCACGUUCGCAGUGCUCAAGCUGUUCAGCCUGGCGUUCAAGAUGCAUGUCUCCUCGGCAUAA